UUUAUCCGAUGACUGAAACCAUACCCACGUUUCUUCUAGAACAGUUCGUCUCACGCGAGAUUCUUGAGCUGAACGCCCGCCUUCGAUAUUUAUUGGGAAGUUCGAACAGCGUGUGCAGUGAAAAAUGUUUGGUCCAGGGUCAGCGCCUAUUGUGGUUUUGAGCCAAAACACAAAGCGAGAUGCGGGCAAGAAAGUUCAACGUGAAAACAUCCAAGCCGGCAAGGCUAUCGCUGAUGUUAUCAGAACAUGCCUUGGGCCUCAGGCUAUGCUGAAAAUGCUGAUGGAUCCAAUGGGUGGGAUCGUAAUGACCAAUGAUGGAAAUGCCAUUCUUCGGGAAAUCACAGUUCAACAUCCAGCUGGUAAAUCGAUGAUUGAAAUUGCGAGAACCCAGGAUGAAGAAGUCGGAGAUGGGACAACAUCGGUAAUUGUAUUAGCUGGAGAGAUCUUAGCUACUGCUGAACCGUUUUUAGAACAAGGCAUGCAUCCCACAGUAAUAAUCAGAGCGUACAGGCAGGCUUUAGAAGAUAUGAUAACCAUUCUGAAUGAUGAAGUCAGCACUGAAUUGGAUCGGAAUGAUAGAACAAAGCUAGCACAAGUAGUCAAAUCAUGUGUUGGGACUAAAUUCAUCGGUCGCUGGGCAGAACUAGCUUGUGACAUUGCCUUGGAUGCAGUCCACACUAUUAUGCUUGAAGAAAAUGGCAGACGAGAGAUAGACAUCAAGCGGUAUGCCAAAGUAGAAAAGAUUUCAGGUGGCAGCAUUGAAGAUAGUACAGUAUUGAAGGGUGUUAUGGUUAACAAAGAUGUAACUCACCCAAAAAUGAAGCGCUACAUUAAGAAUCCAAGAAUUGUAUUGUUGGAUUGUCCGUUGGAGUACAAAAAGGGUGAAUCCCAAACAAAUGUUGAGAUUCUAAAGGACACAGACUUCACAAGGAUAUUAGAACUGGAAGAGGAACAUGUAAAGAAAAUUUGCGAUGACAUCAUUGUUUUGAAACCAGAUGUCGUAUUUACUGAAAAAGGCGUGUCAGACUUGGCUCAACACUAUUUGUUGAAAGCUGGAAUAACUGCUAUUCGCAGGAUGCGAAAAUCUGAUAAUAAUAGAGUUGCCAGGGCUUGUGGAGCAACUGUUGUCAAUCGCACGGAAGAACUUCGUGAAGAAGACGUAGGAACUGGUGCAGGGUUAUUUGAGAUAAAAAAACUUGGAGAUGAGUAUUUCUGCUUUGUCACUGAAUGUGAGAAUCCCAAAGCCUGCACCAUUAUUUUACGUGGUGCCAGUAAAGAUGUGCUAAAUGAAACUGAGAGAAAUCUACAAGAUGCUCUUCAUGUUGCCAAAAAUUUAUUGGUGGAGCCAAAGCUAGUUCCAGGUGGUGGUGCGGUGGAAAUGGCAGUGUCUCGUCGUCUCUCAGAAAAGGCUUCAGGCCUAGCUGGCAUUGAGCAGUGGCCUUAUAAGGCUGUCGCACAGGCUUUGGAAAUUAUCCCGCGGACUUUGGCACAAAACUGUGGUGCAAAUACGAUCCGUACUCUGACAGCCCUGCGUGCAAAGCAUGUUACCGCAAGUUCUACUUGGGGAAUUGAUGGCGAGACAGGAUUAUUGGUUGAUAUGAAAGAACGUGGCAUAUGGGAACCACUAGCGGUAAAGCUUCAGAUCUACAAGACUGCAGUUGAGACAGCAAUUUUAUUGUUGAGGAUUGAUGAUAUUGUGUCUGGUAGCAAAAAGAAGGCUGAUGACAAUGAGGCACCUAAACCGAGUCAACUUUCAGAGGAGUCCAUGAAAGAUUAACUUGCUCCUUGAAAUCAACCCUAUUUCUUAUCGCAUCUUAUUAAUGCUUAGCUUUAAAAGAUUACACCAUCGGUGUUACUCAAUUCUAAUUACUUAUUAAUUCAUUCAGCGUUUUUGAAUUAUACAAUAUCGUUCCACAGCAUUGUAAGCAUUUUCACUUGACAAAAAUAAAUAUUUAAAUACUGA